UGUUUGAUCCUGUUUUCUCUGCCCCUCCUCUUGUUCAAAUGUCCACCUGAUCAGACAGACUGAACCCGUAGUCACAUGCACAUGCUCAGUUUAGUGUGUAUUGUAGAGAGAUUGCAUGUGAUCAGCACAGGGCCAAUCAGCACUGUCCAGACAGAGGGUCAGGGGUUCUGCAUCCUCCUAGAGCAGAAAGAAAACUCAUCCUACAAGCUUUAACUAGUGCUCACCUGAAGUCACAAGACUGCUGUACGUGACAACUGCUCUAACUGCUGAUGAGAAAAGGUCUUUAGCACUUUAUAUUUACUAA